UUCCGUACACGACGAAUUGGACGAGUUGCAUUAAUUGCCCACUCCACCGUGCACACCAUAUCACCGCAAAACAGCCUUGGCACUCUAAUGCCGCCUGAACUUGACUUGGAAUCGCUUAGAAAGGCUGCUCUACAGUCAAAAAAAAAGCACAAUGAUGAAUCGGAGAAAGAAGACGGUGAAAUAAGUGAAGAAGAGGUGAAAUCCGUUACGACUGUUGAGGAACCACCCGAAAAAUCGCCUUCUGAGGAAGAAGAAAUCUCCACUGUGAAUGCACAACAACCGCAACAGCAGCAACAACAACCUGUAUUUCCAUCUCCACCGUUCCCCUUUCCUUUUCCAGCUCCGUUUUUGUUUCCUCCUGGUUUCAUGUUUGACCCUAACAGAAUGCCUUUCUUUCCUCCUAUCCCCCCUAUGGGUGCUGCCCCUCCUUCCCUUGUUCCUACGCUCGUUAAUUCUAUGAAUUCGUUCUCACAACCUCCGCCUAAUCUUCCUAAGCAUCCACGAGGUGCGCGGCCGAUGAAACGAGUUGCCUCCCGUCAACACGUAUCGCAGUCCAGUUCCUCAAGCGUCAACUCUGCUUCCUCCAAAAGCUCUGCGUUUAGUCAUGACAGUUCUGAUGAACGCGAACAUGAACGUACUCAAAGCACUUUAACUUCGAUACAGACCAACACUGAUCUUGCCAAGGAGUGUUCGAAUUACGAGGAAGCAAAGUCUGCAACUCAAGACAUAGUUGAUGCAGGUAUUGGCUUUCAAGAGUUUUUAAAAGAAGGGAUCCAUCCUAUCGCAGUACGACAUCUUUUCUCCCAACUAGGCAUCAACAUUCCCGUUUCUGAGAACGAAAAGAAUGAAGAAAAAGUGCUGGAGGAGCCCCAUCAACCAGCAUCCACUGCUACGCAUACCUCUGUUUCGACUCCUUCAGUGUCCGCUCCCACUACCGCUACUAUUUCGUCUUCUUCGUCCACUUCCUCAUCCGUCUCGUUCACGGCGGACAAUGCGGCCCCAUCCCCCAAAAGACGGCGCACUGUUUCACCUACUCCACCGCUCACACGCCGAAAACCAUUUGGAAGAGGUGUUGGUACGGUUAUUAUUGAACUUGAUUCCGAUAGUAGUGAUGAUGAAUCUACCGGAGUGCCUCCUACGCCCUCUACUGUCACUUCUUCUCAAAUUUCAAAGUCUAGCACUGGCCCUAAGUCGGCCACACUGAACAUCCUUCGUAAGAAGGAAGAGGAGAUUAAGCGGAUGACUUUGCUGAUCAUGAAGCUAGAGGCGUCGAAGAAGACUAAACUUGGUAAGAAAAAAACACCUCCUCCAUUGGCGGCGACACCAACAAUAGCGAUUACUGAAACCUCAAACGCCAAACCUUUAGAAUCGGAAUCAUUGGAAGAAACUGAAAGCAUAGCAUCUGUGUCGGUGCCCACCCCGGUUGAUGCUGAACCAGAUUCGUCGGUGGAGCCUAUGACCGCUCCUUGGACUCGUGAAACAUUCUCCGAUGAAUCUACUGUUGAACCUUCGGAAUCUGCUUCGACCUCGGAAAAAUCAGAAUCUCCUGUCGUGGUCGAGAAAGAUGAACUGGAACUUGCCAAAGAAGAGUUGUCAGAACUAGAGAGGGAUCAUGAACGGUUAAAUGGCGAUAUAGUUCAUUUGAACAUAACUCUUGAAAAGACGCGGAUAGAGCUAAAACAGAACGCGGCUAAGCAAGCUGCUCUUUUGCGGCGUAUUACAGAGUUGUCUUCAGAAAGACUAAGAGCACAACAGCAAGAACAACUUAAGUCACAGCAGUCGAAGAAAAAGGAGGCUCCGAUAGAUACGAAUACCCAAAGCGUUGCGCCUACUCCUGAGACGCAACCCUCAAAUACCGUACAAGAUGCGACCACACACGAUGCAGCGGCUCUUUCUUCCAGUAAACCUCCAGUUUAUAUAACGCCGUUUACGAUGUUAAAGUGCUUCCGGUUUCAUCCUCAAUAUGCACAGGUGGUGAAGGGUGGAAUACGUUCUUUGACGUACAGCAACAAAAUUGAUCCAUUAAAGCCUCUGUGUAAAUAUGAAACAUCCGGUGGCAUUUGCAACGAUGAGUCCUGCGGCGACGCCCACUUUGCGGAUCUUGGAAUGACGGACGAAGAAAUCCUGAAGGAUCUCGAGAAGUGUGAAGAGCUUAUUCUUCCCGACAAACUGGCCUCAUAUCGUGAGGAAAUGUCUGCCAUUGUCAACAAGGAGCAGAAGAUAAAUGACGCAGCCACAAGCAGUGACGUUCUUAAUUCUGUCAGCAAUAAGCUCGCUGCUACAUACCAGAAAUGGGUGCGGCCCAUUUGAAGAACUUAACCAUCGUAUGUGUUGAAAGUGUACGCCAGAAUUGAAUCGGUUCUGGGGAGUCUAAUUGAUUAAAGCUAGCUAUUCUCAUGCUCCUAAGCACGACUUAGCUGCUUUUAGCCUCUUAAUGUCGUAUUUACUGACAGUUUGCGUGAUUACUUAGAGGCCGCUUAUUACUCUUUUUGUUUCAUUCUAUUGUAUCCGUUCGUGAUAUGUGAAAAGGAAGUUGGCCGAUAAAAAGAAAAAGAGCGGAGACGAAUUUUCGUCCACACGGACCGGUUUGCUCUAUUGUUUAACAGCUGCAAUAAGAGUUAGCUAGAGCCGUUUGUUUUAGUAUAGUUUCAGUGGGGUUUUCAUUACUUGACUAUAAACGUAUUUUUAGAUGAGAUUCGAUA